UGAAAGCAGAGCCAUUUUGCAUGAUUUCCAGAGGGUCCAGAGGCCAUGUGAGAGCAUACCACAUUCUUUGUCUGGUGUCUGAAGCCCCUGGAAACCACGUGAGAACUUCCUAUACUUUUGGGGGGCUGCAGAGGCCACAUGAGAGUGCGGUGUGCUCUUACUCAGCCACUUUCACAGUUGGCCAAAGCUGGAACUGCUGUUGGUCGUGAGCUUUUUUGUUCCCCAUCAUCGCUGCCAAGUAUCGGCUGAAUCUUGAGGUCUCAUGGCAGACAAGAAGUUGGAAGAAGUGCGUGCAGAGUUUAUAAAGCGUGUUAACAAAUCUAUCAUCAACCAACUCUUGGAUGUUCUGCUCCAUAAGAGAAUCAUAGAUGAUGAAGAGGUGGAAGAAGUGAAUGCAAAAGAUAAGACACAGGACCAAGCAAGAAUUUUGAUCGAUAAUGUGAGAAAAAAGGGGCCUGAUGCUAGCCAGCAUUUUAUUUACAUCCUUGUGGCCCGAAAUACUUUCUUAGCUGAACAACUGGGUCUCCAAAACUUUCCUGCUGACUAAGACAGUGAUGGCGAACCUUUUGGACUCGGCGUGUCAAAAAUUCAGAAAAACCCUAACUUGAAUCUGCUGGUGUGUCACACCCUCUCCAUCGGAUAAAGGAGAAACAAUUCUUAACAAAGUGUUGUGUGGGAUAGUGAGAUGGGCAGCGUAUAAAUGUAAUAAACUAAAUAAAAACUCACAUAAUUGCAAAUA